AUUUGAGAAAAGAAUAUCUAGGGCUUCGUCAGGAACCUCCAGAAAAGUGAAACGCAAGGAAAUGGUUUUGUAGCAGCCGAAGUAAGUUAGGUCCAAUAUCGCUACAGUGACUAGAUUUGCUUGCGAAGUCUGUAAUGAAGAGCCACAACAAAUAAAGUCAUUUGCCUAAUCAAAUCUAGGGUUUAUUUAGGAGGCGCCAUGAAACGUAAGGAGCGAGAUUGUUAUAACGAAAACGAGGAGGAAAAUGAGAAAGACACAAACCCUUGUAAGUUAGACUUAGAUUCGCUCCCUCUUGAUUUAAAGAUGGUUAUAUUAGCUAGAUUGCCUGCCAAGUCUCUUAUGAAGUUGCGACGCGUGUCAAAGAUAUGGUCUUCCAUCAUCCGAAGCCGAGGGUUCAUUAAUUCCUUCUACUCUAUAUCCUCGAAGCAAUCGCGGUUUAUAGUCGCUUUGAGUAACAGUGUAUUCGGCAAGCCUGCGGAGAAACUUACCUUCUUCUUCUUGUUUUCCCACGAUGACGGAGAUGACUCUUCUUCUUUGCUACCCAACUUCGAGAUGGCAAUUCCCAACUGCAGCUUUAGUGGCUUCUCAUAUUUGGCUUCUUUCCAUGGCAUUCUCGCUGUUAGAGCAGACCAUAAGUGGUUGAUGUGUAACCCUAGCACGGAGCAAUUCGUUAAGUUACCCGCUACCACUGCUUUCGUGGGAUACGAUCCCAUUGAUGAUCAAUACAAAGUAUUAUCCUGGAAUAGAACUAGGUAUGAUUCUAAUGGUCAUCUGCAGCACAAGGUAUUAACAUUGGGAGAUGGUGAAGUAUGGAGACACAUUAAAGAUACCCCUUUACCUUAUACUUAUAGGGCGACUCAAACAAAUAUAUGCGUCAACGGUUUUCUCUACUAUGUUGCUUGGUUAACCCAAACUAAAGAUAUGGUUUUGGUUUGUUUUGAUGUUAGAUCUGAGAAACUGAGUUUUAUCAAUGCACCUAAGGAUGUUGUGCAAUGGGGAAGGAAAGCAGUAUUCAUAGAAUACAAAGGGAAGCUUGCUUCCAUUGUGAGAGACCCUUAUGAUCGUUUCCAUAGUUUUGAUUUAUGGAUACUAGAAGACGUCGAGAAACAUGAAUGGUCAAAGCAAACGUGUGUGUUUCCCUCCUCUGGUUGGGAUGACGUUGAGUGUGGUAAAAUGUGUUUUCCAGGCACCAACAAGGCUGGUGAGAUCAUUAUGGCCCCAAAGAGGUUGUCAUCCGAUUUUCGACCCUUCUACAUUUUCUACUACAUUGUUGAAACAAAAAACAUAAGAAGAGUUAGGCUCCUAGGAAUUGGAGACAGUGAAGAGUUUAGGCGCUCUUAUGGAUUCCAAAGGACCGCCGGCUCCCGUCAAUCUCUUGUUCUGAUCGCACAUCAACACGUCGAGAGUGUUGGCUUUUUUAAGGAUCCUAGAAUUAAUUUAACUUGACUCGAAGGAUCCUAAUGUAAGAGAGCACUGAAAACUUGUCUUUUAUUUUAUUUUU